GGAUGGAAUUGGAAUUAUUACCCAUCUCCCAACUAUAUAAACCCCUGCCAAAAUGCCUGAAAUUAAUACAAUCAAACCUACAAAACAAUUUCUACAAAACCCAGAAUAACACCCAGUACUCAAUCUCAGUUCAGCAGCGGGCGCAAGCAACAUCAUGGGGAAGCCUGCUAUUUCCUUGAGAAUCGCCACCUCUCUUGUACUGAUAGUCCUUGCCGUUCUGAUUUCAGGCAUGUUGAAACCGGGUGAGGCGAGAACGAGCCCAUCCGUGCAGGUAGCGGAUGUGGGGAAUAAGCAGCUGGCCAUGGGAGGAACCAACGCUACUAAUUACUCUGUCGAACAGACGGAGGACCCGCCGGCUUGCUCUGAUGGCAGCCAAUGCAUCAAUUACUGUCACGCAAAGAACCCUGAACUGGACUACUUUUGCAGUGGGGAUUCGAAGUGCUUCUGCAGUUGGUGCUGACCGAAUCAAUUAAUCCUCUUUCGUUUGGAUCACAGAAACACGAGCUAAGAAAGACGGAGGAAUAAAAAAUAUAGAGAUGCGAUGAACCACCGAAUAAUUAUAUUGCAGGAAGUACGUACUGGUAGAAUGGGAUACUUGCUCUGCUGCUAUAUAUGCUAGCUGAUCAUACCCUCCAUGUUCUCUUCUUCGGUUUGUGUGUUUUAGUUUGCUGCUCGAUUGCCACCCUGUUUGAGCUAAUCUCAAUACGCGGUUUUCCAUCGCCUUUGAGACGAAACCAAGAGUUCAGUACUGAGAAAUUAUCCCAUCG